GAAGACAAUGGCGUGAAGCUGAUUGAUCCUUCUGGGGAGAUGUUGGCCCCUACCUGGGAAGACCAUGCCACGUUCUUGGCAAAUGCAGAGGAACCUCAGUUACAUUGUGUCCUGACUGAGAUCUGCCAGAAGGAGGCGGUAGAUCUUCAGAACAAGGCCUUCGUUGUGAUUGGUAGGGACACCCGGCCAAGCAGUAAGGAGCUUUCACAAUCAGCCAUUGAUGGGAUAUCUGUCCUUGGAGGUCAAUAUCAGGAUUAUGGUUUAGUAACAACCCCACAGUUACACUAUAUGGUCCGUUGUCACAACACCCAAGGCAGCUAUGGAACACCAACAGUGGAAGGCUAUUAUCAAAAGCUCUCCAAGGCUUUUCUGGAACUUACAAUGCAGGCUGCUUCCCAGAAAGAUGGCCAUAGGGGACUGAAGAUCGAUUGUGCGAAUGGCAUAGGAGCCCUAAAACUCAAAGAAAUGGAACCAUACCUUUCAGAGAGCCUGGCAAUAGACUUGGCCAACGAUGGAAGGGAAGGGAAGCUCAACCACAUGUGUGGGGCUGAUUUUGUCAAAGUUCAUCAGAAGCCUCCUGUAGGAUUACAAAUGAAUCCCGGGGAGAGGUGCUGCUCGUUGGAUGGUGAUGCUGACCGAAUUGUUUACUACUAUGUAGACACUGCUUGCCAUUUCCAUCUUCUGGAUGGAGAUAAAAUAGCAACUCUAAUCAGCACUUUUCUUAAAGAACUUCUGAUGAAGGCUGGACAAACCUUAUCUUUUGCAGUAAUACAAACAGCGUAUGCCAAUGGGAGCUCUACCGGUUAUCUGGAACAAACCAUGAAGGUAUGAAGUUGACUUCUUACAGUCUUAAACAAUUAACCAUGGCUAAAACACCAACAAUGGGGUACGGUGAGGAUGGGGAGGUUACGAAUUCCAACAUAUUUUUGUGUCAUGCUUGCCUGGAGAGAACCUAGAAGAGCUUCCUCCAAAAAGCCACCUUCCAGAUGUGCUGGAAUUGCAGCUUUACUCUUAGAAGCCUGGGGUUGGCAGCGAUGCUUUGCUACACAUCUGGAAGACGGCAGGCGAGAGAAAGCUGGGGUGCUUUAAUAACCAAAAAGAAAUAAAACAUUGCUAUUGUUGUUGUUUUUCCUAUGUAUUCCAAGCACUGCAUUUCAUGAGUAACACUUUUGUAAAAAAAAAGAAAAAAAAAUCAACCCUGUGUAUAAUGUAUUUUAAACUGAUCCUUACGUGUGCUGCUUGCUGAUCAUUUGGAGUUUUAUGGCAAAGUAUGAAAAGUUUUAGGAAAAAAUCCCAAAAGUUGCUUCCAUUUUUACUCACGCGGUCCUGACUACCCGAGAGUUCGGAACAAACGCAUGGCUUGUUCCUUGAUAAGAAGGCAGCACAAUUAAGAAUGCCAUCUCGCAAUUACUCACCAGAAAAUCAAUUCCAUUUGGUUUUAUCUGAUUAUUUAACUAAUAAUCAGCCCCCUCUCUUUUUGCUGGCUGUCUUUCUAAAGUUCUCAGGUUGCAUUCAUAAAACACACUUAACCUGGUUAUGCCACUAACCAUUAACUAGGCAA